AGAAAAAUCUAUCGCUCAGAGUUGCUUGUUCAUAGCUCAGGAGACUUAAUGAAGCUCUCAGUCGGGUUUCAGGUAUUAUGAGAAAGAGUCUGCAAACCAACCUGAUCAUCUUCUCUCUGGCCAUGUUGAACAUUCCUGAUGACUACAAACUGGAGCAGUAAUAGAAACCGUGUUUUUGACACUCAAAAUAUGUGCAAAUGUGAUUCCACAUUAUCUGCUCUGUCACUGAUAUUCUUGGCUUUGUUUUAAAUGGCCGACAAGCAGAUCAGUCUGCCAGCUAAACUCAUCAGUGGAGGCAUUGCCGGGUUAAUUGGUGUCACUUGUGUGUUUCCGAUUGAUCUGGCAAAAACUCGCCUCCAAAACCAGCAAAACGGAUCUCGCAUCUACACUAGCAUGUCUGAUUGUCUGAUAAAAACCAUCCGAUCAGAAGGAUUCUGUGGGAUGUACAGAGGAGCUGCGGUUAAUCUGACUCUGGUAACUCCAGAAAAGGCCAUCAAACUGGCUGCCAAUGAUUUCUUCAGACACCAGCUCUCCAAGGAUGAACGGAAGUUGACGUUGGUCAGAGAAAUGUUAGCUGGCUGCGGUGCUGGUACCUGCCAAGUGAUUGUAACCACUCCUAUGGAGAUGCUAAAGAUCCAGUUGCAGGAUGCCGGCAGAAUAGAGGCCCAGAGGAAGCUCAUUGGCCAGCAUGCUGGAGGAGGCGGAGGCAAAGUGAAUGUUGUUCAGUUGAAGUCUCCCACGGCCCUCCAACUCUCCAGAGAUCUGCUGAAGGACAAAGGCAUCGCUGGUCUCUAUAAGGGACUGGGGGCCACUCUAUUACGGGAUGUGCCCUUUUCCAUCAUCUACUUCCCACUGUUUGCUAACCUGAAUAGCCUGGGCAGGAGGAACGCUGACGGUUCAGCUCCGUUUUACAUCUCCUUCCUCGCUGGCUGUUUUGCAGGCUGCGCCGCAGCUGUUGCGGUCAACCCUGUGGACGUGGUAAAGACCAGGCUUCAGUCUUUGGCCCGUGGAUGUCAUGAGGACACUUACAGCGGAGUGAAAGAUUGCAUCAGUAAGAUUCUUUGUCACGAGGGCCCCUCUGCGUUCCUGAAAGGCUCGUACUGUCGCGCACUGGUCAUCGCGCCGCUGUUCGGCAUCGCACAGGUGGUGUACUUCCUGGGAGUCGGGGAAUUUGUUCUCAGUCUCCUGCCUGGACAAAAACGCUGAAUCUGUACUGUAGAUGAAGGCGCUGAUCUUGGAACAGUGGCUUGUAUUUGGACUGCAGAAGUUUCAGAUCAGCUUUGAGGACCGGUUUCGUCAUCAGCUUCAUCUAUCAGUACAGGACGACAAUAGCUCUGUUCCAAAAGCUAGUGAGCACUGGGUUUUGGAGCAGAGCCGAUGUUUCCUUUUUUAGUUGUUGUUUGUAGGCCACACUUGGUUCCAUGCUAAAGCUAAAAUCAACAGAUAAUUAUUGCUAAAUUACACAGAUUUAGUUAAUUGAAAUUGUGUC